AUGGGAUCUGCGGCCGACUCUGAAUCCGAUAUUCUGGGUGAAUGUUUUGGAGGGUACACGUGUCUCAUCUCUCUUUUUUACGGCCGUCGUUCGCUUGGCCGGAUGAUCGCAGACGCAAGCGGCAACUCCCUUUUCGACCGCUCACGGAAUGCCUCUAUGCAUAAGUACCUACCUUCUGCGCCCCCAGAUCUCAACGUCUUCUCCAAACUUCAAGCUGUCUCAUCUCACAUCCGUCCUCCAUCCUUAGUGUCCUCAUCUUUUCCCUUCGGCAUCAUGUCUGCAACACAGCUCCCGAACGGCUACAAGUCGUUCGGCCCGAAAGCCAACUGUACCCUCGAAGUAUGCCCGCUUGAGGCCAGUCUCCUACGUUAUCGCCCAUCGGUACCUGUCAACGGAACGUUCAUCGGACUCUUUGCUCUGGCCAUGAUCAUACAUACAAUUCAAGGUCUCCGGUCCAAGAACUGGGGAUUCAUGGCUAGCAUGAUCGGCGGUUGCCUACUCGAAAUCGUCGGUUAUGUUGGGAGACUCAUUCUCAAUGACAACCCGUUUUCUUUUGGUGGAUUCCUUUUGCAGAUCAUCUGCAUCACUGUCGGACCAGUCUUCUUCUGUGCUGCCAUUUAUGUCAUGCUGUCCAAAGUAAUCAUCAACGUCGAUCGAUCGAUAUCCAGAUUCAACCCGAGACUAUGUUACUACGUCUUUAUUCCGUGCGAUAUUGUGUCCCUCAUUCUACAAGCAACUGGCGGCGCUUUAUCCAGUAUUGGAAACAACAAAGCGGCCGUGCAAAGGGGUGUUAAUCUCUCCCUGGCCGGACUCAUCUUCCAGGUUGUCUGUCUGAUCGCCUUUUGCGCUCUCUUCGCCGACUACCUCGUCACCUGCAUGAGGUCGAAUGCCCGACAACGCAUGACCAAAAACAUGAAGAUUUUCCUGGCAUUUCUCUUCAUCUCCACCAUUUUGAUUCUGGUACGAUGCUCUUACCGUAUCGAAGAAUUGAAGGAGGGUUACUUCAGCCCCAUGUUCCGCAACCAACCCUUGUUCAUUGGACUUGAAUCUUCAGUCAUGGUAGUUGCUGUGUUCUGCCUCGUCAUCGGAAACCCUGCGAUUGGCUUCAGCACAGCUGGAGAGAGAAAGGAAUCGACCGCGUCCGGGGCCUUCGACCAUCUCCCCUCGCGGCAGGGAAGUAUGCCAGCGGAGAUGAGCGACAGAAAGGACACAUUACCAGGAUCAAUCAAUGUGUAA